CAGGGUUUGGGAAUCUAUUUAUACUCUGUCCCCUUAACACUGCGAGCUCCGCAGCUGCGGCUCUGGCUACAUUUGGAGCGCUCUGCGCGUAAAGGACCAGUGGGGAGGGACCGCGCACAGGCAACAUCUCGCUGAAGAGGAGAUUGAUUUCCACCCCCUCACUAAUGGAUCUAUAAGCAAAGAAAAGCGACAAGUCUCCAAGGCUGAUGGAAUCUGAAUUCUACUCCAAGAAAGUCUGCUAUCCGUGGUUUGUUACAGCUGAACAGUGGAGGUCUGCUGGUCCUUUCUUCAUGCUUUGCAUCUACUUGAGGAGCAGACAAACCCCUGAAUACCUCUGAUGGACAUGGAUGCGACGGAGAACCCAGUCCUGGAGCCCCGAGCAGAGCGGAUUGCCCGCUACAAGGCAGAGCGGAGGCGAGAGCUGGCUGAACGCUUCGGGGGCUCUGAGGAGCUUCCCUCCAAGUGGGUGAGGAGGAAUGGGAAAGAGGAUCCUGAAGCAGUAACCAGGUCUCACAGAGGGGCGUUGAACUCAGACGAUGAAAAUGUAAACGGGAGAACACAAGAAGUUACCAAUGGAAUGGGGGGAGACGCUCCUGCAGAGGUCAACCAUUCGAGAAGGCAGGGUUACCAGGACUCUGCCAGCACGCCGGGUAGGGAGGGGCACCAUGUGUCUGUUGGGCACGAUGCCCCGCAGCUCCGCACUCGGGUGUCGGUGGGCCAGUUGAGAAGCGCCCUUCUGCAGCAGACGGAGAGCGCGGCGCAGCCCGAGAAAGCCCCUGAGACGGGGCGGGCCACAUCCUCCCUGGACCUGGCCGGGAAAACCGGCUCGGACGGGGGCCGGCGGCGCACCCGCCGCUACGUUCCUGGUGGGUCAAGUGGGGGUCGCAAGAGCGGCGAACGCUUCAGGACACAGCCAAUCACAGCCAAUGAGAUGGAGGAGAGCAGCGGGCUGUUGGAUGCAGAAGCGGGGGAUAAAGAGAAAGUGGAUGUAAAAACGGAUGACCGAUCCAGCAUGAGCGUGGCAGCCAAGAUGUCUUUGUUUAAAGAGCUGGAGAAGUCUGCCCCCGAGGCCUCGGCGCCCCUGAGGCCCCGGCCAGCCGGCCCCUGUCCUGAACGCAGGACGCACCGUGGCAACGACGAGCACGCUCUCACGCAGCCAGUCACCUGUGAAGGAAUGGUUGCAGUCAGUGCUCCUCCAGCUCCUGCAGCCCCUCCAGCCCCUCUAGCUCCUGCAGCACCUGCAGCUCCUACAUCUGCGGAGGCCGACUCUGUGCAGGCUGAGCCGGUGGAGGACUCCGAUGAGAGCAGCAAGAUGAGCAUGAGUGAGAAACUGGCCCUUUUCAACAAACUGUCCCUGCCUGGGAGGCAGGGGGCCGGUCCCUCUGACGGGACCCCUGAGAGACGACGGCAGAAGGGGGCCCGGUACCGGACACAGCCCAUCACUGUGGAAGAGGUCGGUCAGCUCCAGACGGGCCCCGUUCAGCUCCCCGCCUUCGGCUUGUCCCCGCUUCUGACUGACAGACAGCAGGCCUCGUCUGUCAACCUGAAACCCAGCGAGGUGCGUCUCUCGCAGCCAAGAGCCGACGCCGGCCCGCACAGAGCCACGCAGCCUGCUACGACCGAGCAGGACCCUCAGCACAGCCCCGAGCCGGCUUUGAAGGGAAUCCUGAAGAAGAGCCGCUCUGCAGGCUCAGAGUGGUACCGGACGGAGGGCGGUCAGCUGGACGCGCCGCUCAGCCACGAGCAGAACGGUGAAGGCGGCGGAGGAGCCGAGAGGACGGAGGACACUGAAAGCCAAGACAUUUCUGCAGCUCCACAGAGGGAGAGACGCGUGGCCUCGGGCGUGGAGGGAGCUGCUGCUCCCUGGAGGCAGAGGGCUCAGAGGAGGGAAACUACUGCCUGUACACCAGUAAAUGCCUUAUCAGACCAGGAUGCUCCUCGGGAGGGGAACCCCUGUCAGAUACCUCAGGAACAGAGCUUUCCCUCCGUGGGAAACAGCUUAGCUGAGACUGCAAGAGUCCAGACUGGGGAAGAGCAGGAGAGUGUGAGGAAGGCAGAGGAAGGAAAGGUUCAGGUCGUCCUGGCAGACAGCACAUCGGACCUGCAGGGAACGGCCGACGCCAGCAGAAGUGUGGAGGAGUCAGAAAGCCCUCGUCUCGACAGCGUCAGCCUUCAGUGCUGGGAGCCCGUCUUUGCUUCUGUCUAUUCUGUUGUUACGCCCCAAUAUAUCGUGUGUUUCAAUCAGACCAACCUGUCCUUCGAGGCUCAGGAAGUGUGCUCCCCUACCGGGACCCUGACUCAGCCUCAGUGGAGACAGAAGGCUAAAGAAGCCGAACAAGAGCUUCAGAUGGUGGAGGCUGAAGAUGAGGAGAAGCAGCACGAAGGCAAAGAACCAGAGGCUGAACUCGGAGUCAGAAGUGAAGGACUUCCUGAGUCGGACAGCAGCGAUCUCUCGGAGAAAAAGACCAGUGAAACUCCAGCAGGCACAUGUGAAGCUCCACAGAGCACCUUGCUCCCAGAGCUCUCUCCGGAGGUGAAGGAGGAGACGCCCGCUGAUGAGUCCAGCGCGUCGGGGGGUUUGGGCGGCGAGCAGCCGCUCCCUCCCGCCUGCAUCCCCGCACCUUGUGGAGGAGCUGCUGCCGCGGAGUGCGAGCAGGACUUGGGCGUCCUCUGCCAGAGCAACGCACCCAUACUGACAUCGGCGGUCGCGGAGCACAGGCGAGCGGUGCGUCCGUCCCGCCGGACUCAGGGCUCCAGGAACCCCCUGAGGGCCCUGGCAGCCAGGGAGGACAUCCGGCAGGACUACAUGGGGGACAGAAUCAACCCAGCGGCCGAGGAGAGGAGCCAGGCGGAGAAAAAUCCUCAUCCUGCCUCCUCAGAGGAACACACCUCCUCCUCUGAUGCUGAGAUCUCUUCUCACCCCCCGUUCAGCAGCCUGAUGCUCAUUCACAUAAAAGGUAGGCGGCAUGUGCAGGUCCGCCUGGUGGAGCCCUCGGCGAGGUCACUGAACAGCGGGGACUGCUUCCUGCUGGUCACUCCGGAGCACUGCGUGGCCUGGACCGGAGAGUUCGCCAACGAGCAGGAGAGAGCCAAGGCCUCCGAGCUGGCAUCGUUCAUCCAGAGCAGCAGGGACCUCGGCUGCCUGGCGCCCCACGUCGUCCACCUGGACGAGGGGCUGAACUGUGACAGCGAUGUGGCUGCAGACUUCUGGAGUCUUCUGGGAGGAAGAAUGCAGUACAGAGGAGCUGGUGCACCAGAGCAGGAUGAGUUCUACGAGCAGGGAGUGGUGGAGUCCAACUGCGUGUACCGGCUGGUGGAGAACAGACUGGUGCCUCACGAGCAGGCCUGGGCCUCCAUCCCCAGCACCUCCUUGCUGAGCUCCAGCGAGGCUCUGGUGUUUGAUUUUGGCAGCGAGGUGUAUCUCUGGCACGGACGGGAUAUUCCCCCCCGGAGCAGGAACGUCGCCCUCCAGCUGACACGCCAAGUGUGGAGCGGGGCGUACGACUACAGCAACUGUCGGGUCAACCCGCUGGAUCCCACUCAGAGUAACCCCGCCAUUCAGCUGAGGGGAGAGGGCCGUCCCGGCUGGGCUCUGCUCGCCAUCGUCGCCGAGGGCAACGAGACGGCUCUGUUCAGGGAGAAGCUGGAAGGCUGGACGGGCGGGACUGCAGGAGCAGAGGAGGACGCGUCCGCGAGGGACGAGACGCAGCCUGAAUCUCCUCCAUCUGACCUCCCGAGUCCCUGUGAUGCCAAAGCUCUGGUCUCCGCCGGGUCGGUGGAAGGAGACGGACCUGUCCGCACCGUGCUGGACGGGCUGGACAUCCAGAGGGGUCGCGGUAUCAUCACGCUGGAGGACGGUCAUCAGAUGGAGCUGAAAACCGUUGCCGUGGACACCUGGCACGUCCAGGAGUUUGACGACAGUGAAACACCAGUGGACAGCACCGGGCAGCUUCACGAGGGAGAUUCCUACGUCAUCCGCUGGAGCUACAGCAUCACCCGUGUUGAUAAUCAAAGCAGCCUAAAUGAGUGCGAGAGGGUUCCUGGAUCACAGCAAAGGACCGCCUUCUUCUUGUGGCGAGGUCGAUACUCCGGAGUGAGCGGACGGGACACGGCAGCUUUCCUGUCCAUAGGGAUGAGCAACCAUGAGGACUCUCAGGUGGUCGUACCUCAAGGAGAGGAGCCCCCCUGUUUCCUACAGCUUUUCCAGGGCGGCCUGGUGAUUCACAAGGGGAAAAGGGAGGAAGCCUCCACCAAUGCGGCGGGCUGGCGCCUGUUCUGCGUGCGGGGGGAGCUCCCAGAGGAGGGUUUGCUGCUGGAGGGGGACUGCUGCUGUGCAGGUCUGAGGUCCAGGGGCUGUGUAGUCCUGCUAAACAGCCAGCAGGCGGUGCUGUAUCUCUGGACCGGCUGUAAAGCCCAAAGCAGCUCCAAAGCAGUCAGCAAGCAGGCAGUGGAGAAAAUCACUCAAAUGUGUCCACCAGAGCUGGGUUUCAGCAAAAACACCCCUGUGAAAGUGCAUGUAGUGGAGGAAGGAUCAGAACCUGCAGACUUCUGGACAGCGCUGGGACAGAUGGACAGGAAGGCGUAUGACAGCAUGCUGCAAGAUCCAGGAAAGUACAACUUCACUCCUCGCCUCUUCCACCUGAGUUCCUCCUCGGGACGGUUUCAGAGCGAGGAGCUCCGCAGUCCGACGCGGCUGGCGGGACUCGUGAUGGCGAUGCCCUUCCUCCAGGAGACGCUCUACUCUGUGCCACAACCAGCCUUGUUCCUGCUGGACAACCGGCUGGAGGUUUACCUGUGGCAGAGAGGUCAGCCCGAGCAGACGGAGAGCUCCGCUGCAGCCUGGAACCUCUGGCACGACGAGAGAAAGUCUGCAAUGCAGACGGCGCUGCAAUACUGCAAAGAGUUGAACCCGAGAAGGCCUCCGCAGGCCUACCUCAUCUUUGAGGGGUCAGAACCUCUCACCUUCACCAACAUCUUCCCCCGCUGGGAGCGGAGCCUCGGACCUCACACACAGGGAGAACCCGGGCGAGUGAUGCUGACCGUGGUGCAGGACGCCCUGGCCCAGCUCAUGAAGACCCAGUACCCUCUGGAGGAGCUGCUGAGGAGCCCUUUACCCGAGGGAGUGGACCCCCAGCACCUGGAGGUUUACCUGUCUGACCAGGACUUCCAGACUAUCUUAGAAAUGAAGAGAGACGAAUAUGCCUCCCUCCCGAGCUGGAAGCAAACCGAUCUGAAGAAAAGCAAAGGGCUGUUUUGUUAAACAUCCAGAUCAAACGGAGGCUGACUGAAGCUCCGGCAGCAGCGACUUCCUCCUUCGGUGAGAGAGUACGAUCCUACAGGGAUGUUAGCGCCACGUUGUCGCACAAAGGACUAUCCACAAUGUAAUAAAAGAGAGGCGGGGCUGGGUCACAUUUAUUUAUGUCAAAUUUAGUAUGAGUGAGUGAACUUUUUAUUGGACACGGUUUUCUCUGUGGCAACCAUAUGUUUGAAAGCGAAGAAAAAAACUAUUAAAUAAAAAUUAAAAAAGA